UAUAUCGAUUACGGCCCACCACUAAUACUUCUUUCUUUCCGGUGUAGCCCCUUGAAACGCACGCACGAAAUGGCUGCACACAAAUCGUUCAGGAUAAAGCAGAAGCUUGCUAAGAAGCUGAAGCAGAACAGGUCCGUUCCUCAAUGGGUUCGCCUACGUACUGGAAACACAAUUCGGUACAACGCUAAGCGCCGUCACUGGAGGCGUACCAAGUUGAAGCUGUAAGCUGGCGAUUACAGAAGCUCCACACUGCGUUGGAUUGCUGAAUAUCUUUUCAAGAAUAUAAAAUAAAUUCGUUUACAAAAGUUCGAAUUGAAA